AUGCUGCUGAACAACCUGGCCAAUGCCUAUUUGUCUCAUUAUGGAGUUUCCUCCCAGAUGGAGGAUCUGGAGCAGGCCAUCUCUACUGUUGAAGCUGCCAUGGCCUUGACUCCUGAGGGUGAUCCCCAGAGAGCUGAUAGGAUGGCUACCAUUGGCAAUUCCUAUCUCACCUUGUUCAUGAGGUCUCACAAGAGAUCUGACAUUGACAAGGCCAUAUCUUCACUGCAGGCUGCAGUGGACAUUGCUCCAGAUGAAUACUAUAAGAAGUCUGGCUUCCUAAAUAACCUGGGUAAUGCAUACCAGCAAUGCUUUGACAACUAUGGGGAUGUCUCAGACAUUAGAAAGGGGAUUAAGGUUUUGUGGCACAUAACAAACCUUACCCCUGAUGGUCAUCCUGAAAAGCAUAUACAGCUAGGCAAUCUAGGGGCAGCUUAUCAUGAUCAAUUUGAACAGACUGGACAGUUAGCUGAGAUUGAAAGAGCUGUGGAAGUUCUUGAGCUAGCUGUUCAGUGCACUGAGAAGGGGAGCAUGAAUGCCAUGUUUCCAUUGAGUAAUCUAGGAGUGGCUCUUGAACAUCGUUUUGAGCAUGUAAUGGAAGUGAAGGACAUAGACAGAGCAAUUCUGCUGAAGCAAACUGCUUUGAGCCUUAUACCUAAAACUCAUAAGCAUGUUGCUGGACUGUUGAGUAAUCUUGGAAAUUCAUUCCUGCUUAGAUAUGAGAGAUUGGAGAAUGCUACAGAUAUUGAGCAAGCAAUCCAGUAUCAUCAGGAAGCAGUUGAGAAGACAGAUGAUAGCUCAGCACAGAUGACCAUAAGCCUCUCAAAUCUUGGUGGUGCAUACCAGUGCCAUUACCAACAUGCUAAAGAUGUGACAGACUUGCAAGAGGCUAUUUCUUGCUAUCAGAGAGCUAUUGCAUAUUCAGCAGAUGGUUUGGCUAACAUGGCAGCCCAACUGAACAACCAUGGUACUGCAUGUUUUGAAUAUGCUCAACACACUGGGCUUGUGUCUUAUCUUGAUGAAGGCAUCAUGAGUAUGCAACAGGCAGUAGAUCUUGUACCUGAAGGACAUGCCAUGAAGCCAGCAUAUCUGCGCAAUCUGGCUAAUGCAUACUUUUAUCACUAUCAACAGGAUGAGAAAAAUGUCCUUCAUGCUGAAAAGGCUAUUGAGCUGUUGACCCAUGCUGUCCAUUUGACUCCUGAGCAUCAUGCCAGAAAGGUUGAAUGUUAUCAUGAUCUUGGCAACAUGUUCUUUGUCCAAUAUCAGCACACUUUAGACAAGAAUGAUCUUCAUUUUGCCAUUGUUUACCAUCAUUCUGCUGCAACAGCCUUCACUGGUAGUAUCACAACAAGGUUUGCAGCUGCAAAGAUGUGGGCACAUUGUGCACACCAAGAUGCUUCUCUUCAGAAUGAGUGUCUGGAUGCCUAUAGCUGGGCAUGUAGCUUGCUUCCCCAGGUCAUAUGGCUUGGCCUGAACAUGACUGAGCAAUAUGCACAGAUCAUCUCACUCAGUGACUUUGUGAAUGAGGCAGCAUCUAUGGCCAUCAUAUUGAAUAAGCUUGAGAUUGCUGUUGAGUGGCUAGAACAAGGAAGAUCUGUAGUCUGGAAUCAGCUUCUGCAACUCAGGGCAUCAUAUCAGGACCUUGAUGAACAGUACCCUGAGCUGGCCAAAGAGCUCAAAUCUGUGGCCCAAGCACUGGAGAAAGCCAGCAUGUCUAAGCCAGAGGCAGGAGUGGCACAGAGCCCUAUAUUUCUCCAUGAAGCUGCUGCUCAUCAUCAUCAACUUGCUCAAAGAUGGGAAACUUUGUUGAGGGACAUCCAAGCAAAGCCAGGAUUUCACACUUUCCUUAAGCCCAAGUCCUUUGAAGAGAUAUACCCUGCAUGCAAGAAUGGCCCUAUCAUUAUGGUCAAUGUGCACAGAAUGAGAUGUGAUGCUCUUGUCCUUGUUUGUGGUCAACAGGGUGUUCUCCAUGUUCCUCUCAGUGCAUUCAGCAAUAAGAUGGCCAGUGAUUUCCAGUAUGCAUUACAUGCCACAAUACUGCAGAGUAAUAUUCAGCAGAGAGAAACAAGGCAAACUAGACAAGCAAAAUUUGUCUCAGCUUCUGCUCAAUCAGAGCAUUCUCUCAGAGAAAUUUUGGCUGAAUUGUGGCAUCAUGUUGCAUGGCCAAUCAUCCAGGCUUUAGGCCUUCAGUGUCUUCCUGAUGAACAGAAACCCCAUUGUUGGUGGUGUGUUACUGGACCACUUGCUAUGCUCCCCAUUCAUGCAGCAGGGGUAUAUGAGUCCAGCCUCAGGCUUGAUGACCAGGUCUCAAGUUAUAUGGUGUCAUCAUACACUCCUACCUUGACAUCAUUGGCAAACUCACUUCAUGCAGCAGCUUCAGAAUUCCAAGGGCUGCUGAUGAUAACCCAGCCUGAGACUCCAGGUCAAGCACCCUUGUAUUUUGCAAAUGAGGAGCAGUCUGUUGUCAUGAGACAUAUGAACAAGUAUGAUCAUGAUCAUGCUCUAAGCACCUACCUGAGUGGAUCCAGAGCUACCAUUGAGGCAGUCCUUGAUGAUAUUUCAACUUGCAGUUGGAUUCAUCUAGCAUGUCAUGGGACACAGAACUUGAAAGAACCUAUCAAAAGUGCCUUCUGUCUCCAUGAUGGCUUCCUAGAACUGUCAACUCUUAUCACAAAGUCCAUACCACAUGCUGAGCUUGCAUUUCUCUCAGCUUGUCAGACAGCUACUGGUACACCUGAGCUCUCAGAGGAAGCAGUUCAUCUAGCAGCUGGCAUGCUGUUUGCUGGAUUCAAAUCUGUCAUUGCUACCAUGUGGUCAAUCAGGGAUGAGGAUGCCCCAGUCGUCACAAAUGGGGUGUAUUCUUACCUGUGCAAGGAUCAGAGACCUCAAGGUACCAUGUCUGCAUUGGCUCUCCAUAUGGCUGUGAAUAGGCUUAGGGAGGAGAUUGGGACCAUGGACAAUGAUGCUGCUCUACUUGCCUGGGUUCCUUUCAUUCAUGUAGGACUGUAG